GGUUAUGUUGUGCUGCUUACAUUUCUGUAAAUUCCUUAAUGUGUGAAAAUAUUGUCUCAUCGCUCUUAUCACUUCAUCCUUUCAAGCAGACAGUUAUCUGUUAUAAUUUAUUAUUAUAUAUCAGUAUAAGUGACUCAGUGACUACUGACUCAGUUAUUCUGUGGUAUUACUUAUAACCUAUAACCUAGAAAAGUUGAGUGGCAAUAGUGGAAUGCCAAAUUUAUGUGUAAUAGAAAAGAAACUAUGAAUAAUAAGAAGAAAUUUGAAAUUGCAUUUAUACACCCAGAUUUAGGUAUAGGGGGUGCUGAAAGGCUUGUUUUGGAUGUAGCAGCUGCACUGUCAAAUGAAGGAUACAGAAUUAGGUUUAUUACAAAUCACUUUGAUAAAAGCCAUUCAUUUGACGAAUUGAAAAAUGAAGAAUUUCCCGUGGAAGUUUAUGGAGACUGGAUUCCGAGAUCAGUAUUUGGAAAAUGUAGUGCAUUGUGUGCUUAUAUUCGAAUGAUAUAUCUUGCUCUAAUUUACAUAUUAUUUUUUAAGAAGAAAGAAAAGCCAGAUUUGUACUUUGUUGAUUUGAUACCAAUAGCCAUUCCGUUCUUAAAGUUAGCAAAUGAAAAAGUCAUUUAUUAUUGCCACCAUCCCGAUUUGUUAGCCAGCACUCCGGGUGGCAAAUUGAAACAAUUAUAUCGGAAACCUAUUAAUUGGCUUGAAUUAAAAGCAACUGCACGAGCUGACAUAAUUUUAGUGAAUAGUGAAUACACCGCAUCUAUCUUUAGAAAAACAUUCCCAGGAAUUACACAUGCACUUGAUAUUGUAUACCCUACCAUCGCUUAUUCUUACCAAAAAGCUGUAGAAAAUUUAAAAGGUGUUAAACCAAUCAGUGAGUUGGUACCAGAAAUUAAUUCUAAAGAAAAUGAUGUAAUUUUUUUGUCAGUUAAUCGUUUUCAUCCUGCGAAGAAGUUGGAUCUUGCCAUUUUAGCUAUGAAUAAAUUAAAAUCUCUCGUGACAGAAGAAGACUGGAAACGUAUUUAUCUCAUAAUGGCAGGGGGGUAUGAUCCUCAGUCAAAAAUUAACAAAGAGACAUACGCAUAUUUAACAGAAUUAACAAAUCAAAUGAAUUUGCAAGACAAAAUAAUAUAUUUAAAAUCACCUUCUGAUAACAUGAAAACUGAAUUGCUAAAUUCUUGUACAUGUUUACUAUACACCCCAGUUAAUGAACAUUUUGGAAUAGUACCAUUAGAAGCUAUGAUGGUAGCAAAACCAGUUAUAGCUGUUAAUAGUGGAGGACCACGUGAAACUGUUGAUCAUGGUAUAACCGGUUACUUGUGCGAACCAACAGCAGAAAGUAUGGCAGAAUUCAUGUAUCGGAUUUGCAGCGAUAAUAAGACCAAGGAUAUGGGUUUCAAAGGCAAAAUGAGAUUACAACAAAAAUUUUCUCAUAAAUAUUUUACACAUUGCUUAAAAAGAGUUGUCAACAAGGUGUUACAGGACGACGAUAAUAAAAAAUCAAAUUAGCUUUUGUUUAUGAAUUGAAUACUUAGG